AUGCCUUCAUUUCAAGACUUUCAUUCGACAAUUCCGAUCGGGUCUUGAGACGUUCCAUCUUUCCACUAGAACUCGAAACUCGUUUCAGACUGCUCAACAAACUGUCCGACGCGUUCGUCUUCCUCUUCAUUCCCAUCCAAAUCGUCACGUUUUGCGGCUCGAGAAAACACGAUAAAAGCCGUCGAGAAGCGUCGGAAUCGCCGGCAAAGUCGCCGAACACGACGAAGAGCUCGGACAAAGUGGACGCCGGAACGCCGUCGAAGAGCAGCAACAAGAGCGCGGCGGUGUCGGCGAAGAAAACGAGCAAAAAGAGCCGGAAAAGUGAGAAUAAGGUGGGGCAGGAGGAGCGGCGGGCGACGAGCAACAAGGAGAUGCGGUCGACUGACAGGACCAAGCGGAAGAAACCGGAGAGGGUGAGCGUUUUACUGUUUCAAACUGUUUUUUUGUCAGAGCUGACAAUGAGCGCAAGUGCGCCCCGCCCAAUAGAGCGAUACAUUGGCGCGAAAUUCAAAUUUUAACAGCGAAAUUUGUGUUUUUUGCCAGAUUAGCCACGAAAAAUCGAUAAUUUCUGAUUUUUCUCUCGAUAAACCGAUUGUAUAGGCUAUUACGAAUUUUUUAAGCGCAAAAGCGUCAAAUUUGGUCAAGUUUGAAGGUUUUUCGCUAAAACUGCGUGAAUUUCAGUUGCUUUUCGGUAAUUUUCGCGGUUCGAACGCUCAAAAUGCUUGUAUUUAUGUAAUUUAUCAUUCUCAAAACCAACUCUGUCUGAAAACGGGCAAAAAAGCGCAAAAAAGCGCACUCUGGAAACUCGAUUGCAAUCUAAUUAGAAGAGUUUGCAAUCUAAUAAGAAAACGCUCUAUUUCGCAAACUAAUCAGAUUUAAUUGAAGUUCCAGUAAAAUCGUAUUAGAUUUCAAUAUAUUUUUCCUGAAUUGCAAUUUAAUAAGAAAAAAUUGCAAUCUAAUUAGAAACCAUUGCAAUCUAAUUAGAAGAUUUUGUAAUCUAAUUGAAGCAAAUUCUAUUUCAAACGAGUUCGUAUUAGAUUUCAAAGUUUUCUAAUUAGAUUGCGAUCGAGUUCCCAGAGCAAAAUGAGAAGUGCGGUUUUUAGGAAAAAAAAAACAAAAUUUCGAAAAAGCGAAAUCCGCGAAAAAUGCGCCAAAACGUCAUUAAUUCUGUGACAAUUAGUGUGUUUUCAUGUCGAACAAUCAUUUUUCAUCGCCUUUGACCACAAAAAUCAGAGAAAAGUUGCUCAAAAGUAGUAGUGAUCUUUGAACACUUAUAUUUCAAGAUUCAAUGAUUAUUUCAAAAAGUGAUCAACUGAACAAUUGUUGCAAUUUUCAAGCUGAACAACUUUGUAGUUGAGCAUUUUCUCUCAAUAUCCGUCAUUCUUUAAGUCUAGACGUGAUGAUCCGAUCGGUCUGAAACUCUAAUAAGUCGAUGCUUUUCAGUCGAAUGAUCUGCGAGUCAUGAGCACUCAACCAUCGACAAACUUCUCGGCCAACGAACAAGAAUCCUCUUCCAUCGGAACGGCGGUUAGUUGUUUGUCGCCCGCCCACACGCCUCCCUUUAACCCGUCAUUUUCAGCAAAUCGAAGUGCUCGGUGAGACGGCGAAAAAGCCGAAUGUCAAGGAGAAACAGGCGAAAUCCGGUGACGCCACGGUAACAUUUGGUCGGAAUUCUGAGAAGACAACUAUAAUUUCAGACGAAAAGAACGGCACAACAGGAGAGACCGGAGAUGACGCCCGUUUUGAAGUCCUCUGACGGAAAUUUGAGCGCUAUGAUAAAAAAUUGA